AGCAGGUACAGGUGCACGGUUAACCAACGCUACGCGGACGAUCUUUGUUGAAGGUCAGUUUAUUCUGCGAAAAAAAAUGUCUCGAAUCGUUGCAGUGAAGGAAUAUCUCGAGAAAACGUUGAAGGAUGAUAGUAAGCCGUGGACAAAGAUGUUCGCCCAGGCGGAGGAGAAGACCGGCAUCGAUCGGCUGUACAUUUUUGUCGGAUCAUUGAUGUUGCUGGCUAUAUACUUGGUAUUUGGAUUAGGACAACAGCUAGUAUGUAAUAUAGUUGGUUUUGUUUAUCCUGCAUAUCAAUCUAUGAAAGCAUUGGAAAGUUCUAAGAAAGAGGAUGACACAAAAUGGCUUACUUAUUGGGUGGUUUUUGCUGUAUUUACUAUAAUAGAAUUCUUUUCUGAAUAUAUUGUUUGCUGGUUUCCAGUCUAUUGGCUGUUUAAGUGUGUAUUCUAUAUAUGGUUGAUGGCGCCAAUUGCCGAGUAUAAUGGCUCCUUGAUUCUAUAUCGUCGUAUCAUCCGUCCAAAGUUCAUUCAAUAUCAACCUGGAUUGGACAGAUUUUUGUCUAAUGCACGUGACACAGCAGUUAAGACUGCGACAGACGCAUUGCUGACCAACAAGCAAGAAUAAUGAAGCUGUAAAUCAAACAAAUAGAAAGUCCAUUUGUGUCUUUCCCUUUUUACUCAUUCCCAGCGGAGAGAGCGUGAAUUUUGUGCUUUACCGAAUAUUACCGAGCGUUGUUACAUUAACGACUACAAAGAUGAAGAAAAUGCCAAACAAAUAGAAAUUUUUGAUUAUUCUAGAUAUUAUAAGCAACUUGCAAAUAGAUCAGAGAAAACCAAAGUUAUCCAAAAUUGUGAAUAGAUAGCGAAUACGAAUGAUGCACGAACGAAAAAAGCCUCCCUCUGAAAAUAAAUCAUUUAUAGUACAAUAGUUUGUCUUUAAAAUUACAAAAUGAUUAAAAAAAAUUUCUUCACGGAGAAAUAAGCGUUUUAUUUUCAGAUAAGCUCGGCUCAUUGUUUGUAGAGAUUCCGAGCCAGCUGAAAACAAAACUUGGAAUGUUUUUGUAUGAUAGAAUAGACUGCGCGUGUUUUUGCCAUUUCUGUAAUCAUUGAUAAUGUACUUGUGUUAAUUAAAGUAAAAUACUUUAAUUUUAGAGGAGAAUUUCACCAACAUUAAAGUCAUUCAUUAUUAAUGCCGGUUUCGAACGGUAAUUUGAGAUAUUUUUUUUAUGAGUCGCCAGAUCGCUAAAGCUACAUGCGCGAAAAAAAUUUCUAGAAUCUGCCGAGGCUCGAACCCAAGUUCAUUAGCAUGGUAGACAGCACACGAGUCUACCAUGCUUAUAUGAAACAUUAAAUUCUUCUGAUUUCAUUGUCUUUAUUUCAAAAUAGCUAUUUCUUCAACUAACGUUACAUAUUGUUAAUAUUUCGAUCCUAAAAUAUUUACAAUAUUAAAACGUCUGAAAUAGUUAAAAUACGAUGUUGGUGAAAUCGGCUUUUACUAGGUACGUUUUAAUAGAUAA